AUGCCAGCCAACCCUUCACCUGGACAGAAGACAGCAACCCAGCGAUGGAACUGGAACGAAUCCUCAAUCCGGGAACUAGACGCAUACAACACCUGGAGCGAAAUCGACUAUCGCACAGCCAAAAGACUCUGGACAGUAUCCGCCGUCCUCUCAGAUCUAGGUCUGACCCUGAACUGGCUGCCUACUGGCCCAGAAGCAGAAGAACCCGCCCAAACUAUCUGGCCCGCUCCAGAAGAAACAUCAAUACCUUUCUUCCCAUCAUUUGACCUGCCACCCACACAGUCACAAGAUAUCAGCCUCUGGGCUACGCCAGAUCCUCCCGAGGACACAGAGUUAACAUCCGCCUGGAUGCUCGCGCCGAGACACCGUGCCUCGCAUCACUGGCACAUAGCACACCUCUAUCUCAGUGGUAUAAAUCUCACGCGGACAGUGCCUGCAUGCUACUCGCUGACGAACAUGAAACCGUGGCGACGACUUGGUUUGGUUAUCUGGGAUGGGUGUCGUAUUUAUUCUAUUGGAUUGAGUAAUAUCGCUCGAAAGAAAAAAAUCCCCCUUCCGGAUGGCGGUUUCCUUGAACCGGAGCCGCGGAAUCCGAGGGAUCGGAAACCGGGGAUUGAUUAA